AUGUAUGGAGGCCCAUUCUUAGCCAAUACCAAGACCAACCCCAAGGAGCAUUGCAAAGCCAUAACAACAAGAAGUGGGAAGGUAGUUGGUAGUGAUAUUGGGGUGAGUGGUGACAAUGAGGGUGCUGAUAAUAAAGAAGAAAAUAGUGAACUGAAGGAGGUUGAGGAAGAGAUUGAGAAGAACGAGGAAGAAAACAAUAAAAGUGAGAGUAAAGAAAAAGAAAGACAAUUUUUGAGAUUUCUGGAUAUCAUCAAGAAGCUCCAGAUAAGUAUUCCCUUCACUGAAGCCAUGGAGAAAAUGCCUACUUAUGCUCGAUUCAUGAAGGAAUUAUUAACUAAGAAGAGGAGAAUUCUUGAAGAAGAGACUAUGGAGCUUGAGGCAGGAUGCAGUGCUAUUAUACAGAAGUCUUUACCUAAAAAAUCCAGAGAUCCAGGAAGUUUCACUCUCCUAGUGUCAAUUGGUAAUCUAUCAGUGGGUAAGGCACUUUUAGAACUUGGAGCCAAUAUUAACUUGAUGCCUUUAUCUAUGCUGAAGAAGAUAGGAGAAGUGGAAGUAAGACCUACAAGAAUGACCUUACAGUUGGCAGAUAGAUCUAUUAAGCUUCCACAUGGCAUAGUGGAAGAUAUGAUAGUAAAGGUUGACAAGUUCAUGUUCCCAGUUGAUUUUGUAGUAAUGGACAUGGAAGAAGAUGUGGAAGUUCCAUUGAUUCUGGGCAGACCCUUCAUGAAGACAGCUCGAGUUAUCAUAGACAUGGAUGAUGGAAAUAUGAAGGUGAGAGUUCAAGAUGAAGAGGUGAAUUUCAAUGUUUUUGAAGCAAUGAAGUUUCCCAAGGGCAAUAAAGAUUGUUUCAGAAUUGAUGUAUUAGAUGAUGUGUAUCUAGAAACUCAAAGCAAUUUCAAGAAUUCAUCACCAUUGGAGAAAGCUUUGUCUAUGUUUGAUGAAGAGUUGGAUAAAGUCAUAGAUAAGGAAGUCCAGGAUGUGGUUGAUGCAUUGAACAAAGGUGAAAGCUCAUCAACCAAUGUUUAG